AUGGGCUUGAGGAGUUACUCCAUCGCGGUCGCCAUCUCCGAGCUCGCCCACGUCGCCCUCGUUGCGCCGCUCGUCCUCCUCGGCGGCGACAACCGGCGCGGGAUCUCCUCCGCUGGUAGCUGCAGAGGAUUGCUCCCUGUCAGGGGCUGGGCGGAGGAAUGCGCCACGGAUCCCGCGCAGCUCAAGCGGAAGAGGGCCUCCAACGGCCCCGCGAUUGCCACCGCGGAGAAGGAGGCCCUCGUCGCGGGGUGCCGCCAGGAGCUCCAGGGCCUGUUCGAGUACUACAAGGAGGUCUCGGGCCACAGGAUGCAGCUGGAGGGCGGGAACCUGUCGAGCAACGCCAUGAUUGGGUGCCUCCUGGAGGAGAGCAACCUUGGCCUGACCAAGCUGGUGGACGAGGCGUUUGAGAAGCUCAAGGAGACCGAGGGUGUCUCGGUGGCUUCGGUCCGCAGCUCCGUGCUGCUCAUUGGGCAGAGGAUGAUGUAUGGCCAGUCCAGCCCGGAUGCUGAUGUGCUGGAAGAUGAAUCAGAGCUGUCUCUUUGGUGCUGGGAGGUGAGAGAUCUGAAGUUAAUGCCUGUGAAAAUUCGUGGUUUCUUAAGUGGGCGAAGAACUGCCAGAAAGAAGAUCCAUGAGAGGAUCAAUGCUAUCCGCUUAUCUUUGUCAGUUCUGAAAUCUCCAGGAGCUGAAGCUCAAGUAAAUAGGCUUAGAAAAGUAUCAAUAAAGCUAAGCAAAGCAUUGAACUUGGAAGGGAUCAGGUCAAUGGUGGAAAGAUUGACACAAAAGAACAACAUUCCACGUUGUGUACCUCUUGCACUUUGUUUUCUUUAUUGAUGUUGGCAUGCACACCUCAUUUAAAGCUUUGAGGCUCUGAAGCACUAAUAUUUGUAUUUAUUUGUGAUCAAAGGGUUGCCAAAGAUGUAGAAUCAAUAGCUAACCAGUCAAUGCAAGAGAUGAGAGAAACUGAGGGAACUGCAGGCAGAAUAGAGACUCUACAUGGUUCUGAGUUGCCAAAUGGAAAUGCCUCUAUGACUGUCAAUAAGGUGAUAGUAGAUCACGAGGUUGCAAUGCAGCUCAGUAAGGUGAUUGUAGAUCAUGAGGUUGCAAGGACAACUGGUUAGCAAUUCUCCAGCUUUAUUUUUAUUAUGUUAUGAGGUUGCAAGAAUAACUGGUUAGCAAUUUCUUUGCCUUUAUUUGAUCAUGUUAUGCAGCUCAAAAGCAAUUCUUCAUCUUUGAGGACUUGAGGUCCUACUGGUUCUCACCGAGGCCACAUUCCGAAGCAUUGUCUUGUGCCCAGGUCCAUUUUGUAAGUUAGGUUUGUCAGCUAUAAUGAAAUAGAGCAUGUGUUUUGGGACUAUAUGUUUUCUGAAACUGCAACUGGCUUGCGAUGGCCCAUUUACGUGCGUGGUCGGUGUUUUUGUAUAAAUGAAUUGAUGCCACACUUGAAUAUUCAGUGUGUGUCAGUUGUGAGUGAUGAAUAUUCACACUCUUGCACCAGAUCGUUUUUCUCUUCUUUUUCAUUUCGAACUUUGUUUUCGUGUUCCUCUCUACCUGCCUACUGGCUUAUUUUUUCUCGCCGCCGUUCUUCAUGUCCAGAUUAUGCCCAUGGCAGUAUAUGAUCCAUCUCUGGGGUCAUCGGGUUAUUUUCCUGGGUCUGCUUCUAUUGUAUGGUACAAGUGAAUCUGCUGGAAUUACAAGGACAGCCACGCAGGUGACGCUAGCUAAGAAGCUUAUUGUUGAAGAUGCUGCUGGUGCAUUUGCAAAGAUUGCGGUAGCGCCACUAGAGAGGGUCAAGAACUUACUUCAGGUGCAGAACGGUUGCUUACACCAAUCAUACAGUUCUUCCUGAAGCUUUUGAGAAAUGGUCACAAGCUGUAAUGAGGAAAUUGCUUCCACGACAAAUGGAAAUUAUUGAGGAAAUUGACAAGCGGUUCAGAGAACUGGUGAUCUCCACCUGGAAGCAUAUGGAGGGGAAGCUCGAUUCGACGAGUGUGUUAGAUAACUCUCCCCAGAAGCCAGUGGUGUGCGGAUGGCGAAUUUGUGUGUAGUGGCUGCACAUACGGUACAUGCAAUUUAUUUACCUUUGUUCUUUGUCAUGUUCUACAGCUUGUUAUUUCAUUAUCAUGUUCUACAACCUGUUACCUCACAGCUUCACAAGGUUAACGAGUGCUAGCUUGAACAUCUUUACUACUCCCUACGAUCCAUAAUAAUUGUUGGAACAUUGAAGUAAAGGCCCGACGCUUAUUUUGGAUCGGAGGGAGUACAUAAGAUAGCUUUUAAGUUUGUGCAAAUUCAUAUUUAUCAAUGGCAUGAAAAUCUUCAAGUUUAUAUUCACACCAUGUUUGGUUAUUGUGUUCCAUUGUUGAUUUCCAUUGCCUCUUUGUCAAAGACAAUAAAGACACAGUAAGCACAUAAACAGUAUUGUUAUCUUUUUAACAGAGUAUCCUCCUACUGGACCAUGAUUGCGUUUAUUUAUCUAUUCUGCAAAUCACAAUAUCUUAAUCAUUUUGAAUCCCAUUAUUGGACUUGUUUUCAUUGCAAUGUAGUUAUGUGUGCUUUAGUUCUCUACUCUGUACCUUCUGUGAGUCACAGCAUCUAUUUGUCUUCCCAUAUCACAUGACAUAGACCGUAAUGCAGUGCACUAAAUUAUUAUGACAUGUUAAUGGAGUGGCCGAGUUACACAUCAACAUUUUGAAGGAAGAGCUGUUUGCAGAUUAUCUGUCUAUUUGGAUCUGCGAUGCUUCAGGAUACUUGCUCACUAACAUGUAUCAUCACAAAUACCAUUUGGGAUUUGUUGAGAGAUGUAGAGGUGGCCGACGUCUACAUGUUGUGCCGGUGAAACCAUAAUUGAGUUUUUUAUGUGUUCAUAAAAUAGAUUGCUUAGGACUCCUAUGCAUUGAAAAAUAAUUAGUGAAGCUCUUACUGCAUGAUACUGGUAUCCAUGGUUUGUAUGUAUUUCCAUCUACAGAAAAUAAUAUAGCAUUCAGAUA